AUGACACCAUUAUUUCCAAAUUCUCUAAAUUUGCCAGCAUUAACCGACUUGUCUCUGACGCGCUUUGAAUUUCAUAGCGGAGAUGGUCGAGCCGAACCCUUUUCAGCACUAGAAAAAUUGAAUAGUUUGACCAUUCGGUUUUGUAAAGUUUUUGAUGCAGAAAAUCUCAGCAUAUCUAGUGCCACACUUACCAAUUUAACUAUACAAACAAAGGAGGAACGGAAUUAUGGCAAAAUUGAACUAUCUACUCCAAAUCUUUCUACAUUUGCUUAUGCUGGUAUUCCCUUUGAGAAAAUAUGUGGGAGCCAUCUUUGUUCUGUUAAACAAGUAAAUAUUGAUGCAUAUAUGCGCGUGAAUAAUGCAGAGCCUCCAUCCAAUUUACUCAGCUGGCUGAAAGAGUUUACUGAAAUCAAAUCAUUGACGGUAACUUCAACUACUCUUGAGGUUCUCUCCUUAGUUCCUAAUUUAUUGAAGGAUAAAUUUCACUCCUUGAGUAACUUGGAAACACUGAGAGUAAAAAAGGUAGGAAUUUCAUCUGCAUCUUAUGAUCCAAUGGUACAUGGCAAAUUCGUGCCGCUGCAUGAAAUAUGCCAAAAAGAAGUUGACAAGUUUCGAAAAGCAAUAUUUAAAGAAGGAUCUCCAGCCAUACCUGAUGAUAUAGUUGUCUUUUUGCUUCAAAACUCACCUUCAGGAAAAAGUUCAUAUCAUUAA